GCCGUGUGGCAGGAGCACUACUGCAAAUAUUUGAAUUUGCAAUUUUACUCUCAUCAUCAGUUUUGCUGGCGGCUCUCGGUGUUUCGCCUUCCAAUCGUGGAGCUGUGCAAAUCACAAUAUCACAUACCGAGCAGAACCGACCUGCACUUUAAGCUUGAGUUCAUUUCACUACCUAAUUCGGUCUUUUCCACUCUUCUUAAACCCUAGUCUGUCUCUCUGCUGCGCUCCGUCGUCUUGCCAGAUCGAUUUGCUGUAGUAGUUUCACACGAGUAGUAUAUCGAGAUCAUGGCGAGGAAAAUGCUUAUCGAUGGAGAGCUGAGCCAGACCAACGAGGCCGAGGAGGGUCACUUUGAUUUUGACUUGUUCGUCAUUGGAGCUGGCAGUGGCGGUGUUCGUGCUUCUAGAUUCUCUACUAAUUUUGGAGCUAAGAAGGUUGGCAUAUGUGAGCUUCCAUUUCAUCCUAUCAGCUCUGAAGUGAUUGGAGGAGUUGGUGGAACGUGUGUUAUUCGUGGUUGUGUUCCCAAGAAGAUUUUGGUGUAUGGAGCAUCUUUUGGUGGUGAACUUGAGGAUGCAAGGAACUAUGGAUGGGAACUGAAAGAAAACCUGGACUUCAACUGGAAAAAGCUGUUGAAGAAGAAGACCGAUGAAAUACUCAGAUUGAAUGGAAUUUACAAGCGGUUGUUGUCCAAUGCCGGGGUUAAAUUGUAUGAAGGCGAGGGAAGAGUUGUUGGUCCCAAUGAAGUUGAAGUUACUCAGUUAGAUGGAACUAAAUUGCGCUACUCUGCAAAACAUAUACUGAUAGCCACUGGAAGUAGGGCGCACAGCCCUGCUAUUCCAGGACAGGAGUUGGCUAUAACUUCUGACGAGGCCUUGAGCUUGGAAGAAAUGCCUAAACGUGCUGUAGUGCUUGGAGGAGGGUACAUUGCCGUUGAGUUUGCUUCUAUAUGGCGUGGAAUGGGUGCUUCUGUGGAUCUCUUUUUCAGAAAGGAACUUCCACUGAGAGGUUUUGAUGAUGAAAUGAGAGCAGUGGUUGCAAGAAAUCUUGAGGGGAGAGGAAUCAAUAUGCAUCCAAGAAAAAAUCUCACUGAGUUGAUAAAAACUGAAGAUGGAAUAAAAGUUCGAACAGAUCAUGGAGAAGAAUUGGUCGCAGAUGUGGUACUCUUUGCUACAGGAAGGAUCCCAAAUUCAAAAAGAUUAAAUUUAGAAGCUGUAGGUGUUGAGGUUGACAAGAUGGGAGCUAUCAAGGUCAAUGAGCACUCACAGACAAACAUACCUAGCAUAUGGGCCAUUGGUGAUGUCACAAAUCGAAUGAAUCUUACACCUGUUGCCUUAAUGGAGGGAACAUGUUUUGCAAAAACUGUUUUCGGUGGGGAACCUACUAAACCAGACUACGACCAUAUACCAUGUGCUGUGUUCAGCAUACCACCCCUUUCGGUUGUCGGCCUGAGUGAAGAGCAAGCAAUUGAACAAGCAACUGGCGAUAUAUUAGUAUUCACUUCAAGCUUCAAUCCUAUGAGGAAUACCAUAUCCGGACGACAAGAGAAGACAGUCAUGAAACUUGUUGUCGAUGCUGAUACGGACAAGGUCUUGGGAGCUUCCAUGUGCGGGCCGGAUGCACCUGAAAUUAUGCAGGGCAUUGCUAUUGCGCUCAAGUGUGGAGCGACAAAGGCACAGUUUGACAGCACGGUGGGAAUACACCCUUCUGCUGCUGAAGAGUUCGUCACCAUGCGAUCUGUGAGCAGGCGCGUUGAUGGUGCUAAGAAACCGAAGACAAGUAUGUAAAUACUAAAUAGUAAUACCUAGUAAAAGAAAGGUGAGAGGGGGAGCAUAUCAUUCGUUCGGAAUUUAUCAAUUCAUUCUAUGAAAAGAAACGAUACCCUUGCUUUUGCCAGACCCUCAGGCUCGGGCAGACGUGUUAAAUUAGGUGAGAGAGCACUAGAUGUACUGUAGGCCAUUCUGCUUCUUACUAGAUGCUGUAACUGGUACUAGUAGAGAGUUAGCCGGAACUAUUUGGUCAGUGACGGGAAUGGUCCUUUGUUAGAUGUUAUAGGAAUAAGCGAGAUUAUAACUGGUUUAAUAUUAUGCAGAUGUUGGAACGUACACAAAAUAUGCUUUUGUUCCUUGCAUACGUUGAUACAUGAGAUACUGUAAGAAUUAUUUAUUACAGGCAAACGAGUUGGCUUCUGUAUAUGCUCUCUUUCAGCUACUUCGUCUAAAAAUCGAUACCGGUGGAGAGCAACCUACCUAGGAAACUGUUUUACCGUCACAUACAUCACAAGUUAUAAACCCAAGGCCUUCGCAAUAUGCACACUUAGUGUCUUCGCCUAUCCAUUCCAGAAACUGUGGUUCUAUAUUCGGUUCCCCUGUUCCAUCACAUUCUGCAGCAGAUCAACCGGCGUUCACCACGACAAGUGAGGCACUUUGUAGUCCUCGUCACCUUACUUGCAGUGCGUUCUUUGUUUCUGCCAAUAAGCCGCGAUGGUUCCUCCCACCUAUUCUCACCAAGGAGAAAAACUCGGUGCUUAGAUGCCUCGACUUCCUUGGCACCUUCAUCCUUCACCACUUUCUGGUUGGUUUCUGAUAUUCCAGUCAUGAGACCAACUGCAGUCCCAUUCUCAUCGCCCUGUUAAGAACUUCCAGUCCUCGUCUCCACAUACAGCCUUUCGAGCAAUUCCGCACUCAUUAUUCCAUCUUCUGGAGCACCUAAUGUUGCUUGCCAAGUCUUGACAGCACGCUCAGUCCCAGUUGAGAAACUGGAAAACUCCAUAUCCUCCUCCCCUGAGUAGAACCCCAGUUUUUGCAAUGCUUCCUGCAACCAACCAACAAGCAAACCAGAUAGAUAUCAGCAGAAAAGUUGGAACCGCAAAUUCACUAUUACAGGUUUCUUCCACACAGUUUAUUCGAAGGAAUAACAACGUAUUCACUUGAGGAAAAGCCAUAGAAAUGAAGAGGAAAACAAAUGAACAACUCGCCUUGGCUACAAAAUUCCUAGAAGAAAUGCAUCAGGAUUGUAUUAUUGCGAGCACACCUGCAUCUCUCGAACUUCCUCUCCUUCGCUUCCCGCUCUCAAUGCUAUCCUCUUCUUCGACUUCGUCUCCUCAGUUUUCACCUCCACAACACCAGCAGCUUGUGACUCUGCCGUCGCCGCCUCCUCUUCCACGUUCUCCUCCAGUAUGAUCGGAGUCGCACUGGACGCGCUCUCUAGAAUCAAGCUCCGGUCCUUCAAAACCUGCAGCAACGCUCCAACAUUCGUCGGUACCGCAUCAGCUCCGACAACCGGAAUCGUCUUCUCCAAGGCCUGGAUUUGGAGCUUCAGCGACUGAAUUUCGCUCAACAGCAACUCCCGCUCGCGAAGCCACCUCUGCUCUUCCCGGAGCCACCGCUGCUCCUCGCGGAGCCACCGCUGCUCUUCGCGGUGCCAAAGAAUUUCCUCGCGAUCGGAAUCCGAAGAGUUCGCGGAGGAGUGAGCAUGGCAGACAAGAGAUUUGUGGAGCGAAGGCUUGGAGUAGAGCGCAAGAAGAGGAAGCGAGGGAGGCGGCUUGUGGCGUUGGAUGAUUGAAAGCGGCGGAUUCAGGGGGACGAGAAAAGAAGAAGACGACGACGACGACAUUGGAGAGCUCAGUUGAAUCCAGCACUGAGCUACUGUAAAUGGAUGGGCAAAUUAAUGUUAUAGAUACGAAGAGUGAUAGAAGCUCGAAGAAGAAAGAGAUAUUUACU